CAGAUUACAAAUGGGUCUAUUACAGUCAAUAUUUUCAGUAUAAUGCACAACACCAUAAUAUCUAAUUGUUGAACUAAUACCAUAUCGUGACCCGCGCUGUUUCUAUUUGCCAUCUUCAUAACUAAUUACAUUAGCAAUUGAUUCGCGUAAAGUCGAUCUAUAUAAGCCAGUUUAUGGCUGUUUUGACACUUAAAAAUUGAUUGAGGAGUUUGUUUCAUCAUUGUUUUUCGUAUUUGAUUGAAAUGGCAGGAUCAUCAGUGUUAGUUGCAGUUGUCAAUUUCCUCGACUUUUUCUACACUCUCAACAUGGCUUUCCUCAGGUCGAUGCUAGACACUGUUUCUUCUAUUGGACUCAAGAACAUCCUCAUCGGAGACCGGACAGGUCCUAAUCCAGACUUCCUCAAUCGGGAGAAAUAUCUUCUGGAUGGCUAUGUAGUGCUGAUCACUGGCUCCAGCUCUGGAAUCGGAAAGGAGACAGCAAGAGACCUGGCGCUCCGAGGAGCUACAAUAAUCAUGGCCAAUCGAGACAUACAGAAAUCAGAACGGGUUGUCGAACAGUUGCAAAAAGACGAAGGCGAGUCGGUUCUGUCGGCUGAUAGGUUCAAAAUACGAAGAUUAGAUCUCGCAGAUCUUGCUUCGGUGAAAUCUUUUGCAGAUGUCGUGAAGAAAGAGUUCCCCGUUAUUGAUAUGUUGAUAAACAACGCAGGUUACGCGUACUAUGGUGGAAGUCAGACUCUUACCAAAGACGGGUUUGAAAUUACCUUUCAGACAAAUCAUUUGGGACAUUUUUAUCUGACAAGCUUGCUUAUAGAUAAUAUUCUGGCCUCGCAAAAAGGUCCAAAAAUUAUUAACGUUUCUUCAGUCGCGCACGCUGGCGCAAAAAUGAACUGGGAUGACCUUAAUGGGGACAAAAAUUAUGGUGGUCUUAAUUCGUAUGCUCAAUCUAAACUAGCUAAUGUUCUGUUCACGCGACAACUGAACGAAUUGUAUCGGGGGAAAAUCAACACUUACUCGUUGCAUCCUGGACUUAUAGCGACUGAUAUUGUAAGAAAUGAUUGGCUGUUCCGCUGGGGUGUAAAUUGGUUCUAUUGGCUUCCGUUUUUAGUAAAUGAGAAGCAAGGCGCAUUUACGACUAUUUACUGCGCAGUUAGUGAGCAAGCUAAAACGGAGUCGGGUUUGUACUAUUCGGAUUGCCGAGUUGCAGAGCCUGGUUCGGUCGCCAAGGAUCGAGAAGUGGCGGAAAAAUUGUGGAAAGUGAGCUGCGAUUUGCUGAAGAUUGAAUGGAGCGUUGAAAGUUGACAGUUUAAAUCCACUUUGAAUUUAUUUUGAUCAACUUUAGAUUUCAAAAUCGUUUAUCAGAGAUAUAUCAAUUGAUUGUAUUUGUAUACCAACAUUUUCCUCGAGAAAUCUGUUUAAAAAGAAUAAUUUUGUCAAUUUCGGCUCAUUAACAUUAACCUUAAUUAAUGCAAACAACCGUUAGUAAUUACAAAAAUUCAAAUCUGGCGAAACCAAAAUUUUGAAAUUAUG